UGAAGUAGUCCUGCAACCGCAAGAAAUUAACUCAAAUGUUGUGACGCCAUACAUGAAUGAAGAUUGAUAUAAGAAGAAACAGAGAUGUCUUGUGCCUGCCCGACCGCGACUCGCGCGGUGAUCGAUCGCGCGGUGGCUUCCGGGUCACUGCAUUCAUCGCAUCUCCGACGAAUCGGUGCUCUGACGACCAGCAGCAUCGGCUUCGGGGCUUACCGUGUCGGCUCCAGUGCGCAUUUUGAGGCCAUGCAAGCAGCUUUGUCUUCUGGCGUGAUCAACUUAGUGGAAACGAGCACGCACUACGGUACACGGUACCCUGGAGAAUCGGAGGAAAUGAUCGGCGCUUGUUUGCGCGCACUGGAGAACUCAGGAAGACGAAAACGAGACGAGAUCGUUGUGGUCACGAAAAUCGGACACAUAACGGUGCCCAGGGAGCAUCUGGAACAAGGCACGAGUGACGACUAUGAAAAGACUCUUGGCUACAAGAACAUCGUUCGAGAUCGAUCUGCUGGUUCAACGCAGAACACGAAGCAAAGACAUACUGCAGCAGGUGCUGUAGGAGACAUGCAAGUCGAGGAACGGACUCAAGGUUCUGAUGAUAUCGACAACGCGCUACAGCAGAUAAAUACUGCUAGCUUGACGCCACUACAGAAAACAUGGCAUUGCCUUGAGCCGGAUUUCAUUCUCGAUGAAUACGCUGCGUCGAAAAUGCGUCUCGGAACAGCACCCGACAUUCUGUUUCUCCACAACCCGGAAUUCUUCCUGAGUCAAGCUCUGAUAGCUGGCGUGCCACUUGGAGAAGCAUGGAGAGAGAUGGAGCAGCGACUUGAGACAGCUUUCGCCACGUUGGAAGCGCUAAAGGCAGCGGGAGAGAUCGCGGGUUUUGGUGUCAGCGGAAAUUUCCUUUCUUGCUAUCAUUCCGUGAGCGGUAGGCCGAAUAGCUACGAGGCCUUGAGCCUGCAAUCGUGUUUGGGCGCAGCAGUGGAUGCCAUGGCGAGGCGAGACAUUACAAAUUUCUUGUUUGUAGGCCUGCGUCUGACCAUUCAACGUGACUACACAGAACGUAGCCGGCCACCAAUCUACAAACAGGCGUUCUGAACAAAACAGCGCAUCAACAUUAUCAUUACCAUUACCAUUAGUGCGGCGAGAAAUGAACAAUUAUGUUUAUUCAUAUUCUUGCUGUGUACUAGUUCUAGUCCCGCUGUUCUUUACAAGUGCUUACCACAACCCUCGUUAAACAUUCUCCUUCUUGAAGACGUGGUCGUGAACAAUGACAUUCAGGUGCUACAGCAGCUGCUUCUGGUAG